AUGGGAAAGACGGAAACUAUUGAUUCUUUUUUCAAAAGAAAGGAUGAUGAACAACAGAGUAAACGUCAAAAAACUUCAACUAGUGAGCCUGAAGAGCAUGAAGCGCCACCACCACCACAAUCAAACACAAUUCCAAACGAAGCUCCACCACCACAAUCAAACUCAAAUGAAGCUCCACAACCACAAUCAGACACUAAUGAAGUGGAUGUUAAUCUUUUAGAAAGAGAUCCCGGUAAACAAAAACCAAUGUGGGAGCAUCCGGUUAAUUUAAGAGAACAAAGACGCCCUUUAUUCAGUCAAAACUUAUUGAACCAAGAAGCAGACGUUGAUAAUUCCAUAUCAAAGCCAAAUAAGGAGAUAAUUAUGAAGAACCGUUUACGAUUAAAGACUACUGUUGAUGUAGUUCGUUGGUUGACAUACCAAGCUUGUGCUUUACGAGGACACGAUGAAUCUACUAGUUCUAAAAAUCGAGGUAAUUUUCUGGAAUUGCUAACACUUCUUGCUUCUUAUAAUGAUGAAGUUUCAAAGGUUAUACUAGAGAAUGCUCCUUAUAAUGCAAAGUAUACUUCUGGAGAUAUUCAAAAAGAAAUUCUUAGUAUUAUUGCAAAUAAAAUUCGAAAGCAUAUUCGUAGUGAAGUGGGGAAUUCGGCCUUUUGCGUCAUGGUUGAUGAGUCACGAGAUGAGUCAAAGAAAGAGCAAAUGGCCAUAGUUGUGAGAUUUGUUGAUGAAGAAGGGAUGAUACAAGAAAGGUUCUUGGAUUUGGUUCAUGUUAGGGAUACUUUAUCAGCAACCCUAAAAACAAUUGACAUAGUUAAUGUGGUUUGUGCUUCUAGUAAGCGGCAUGAUGAAUUACAAAAGGCAAAGGCAAGCGAGGUUGAAAAGUUAUUGGAACAGGGUGAAAUCAAUUCGGGGAAUGGACAGAAUCAACUUGGGACAUUAAGAAGAGCUGGAAUAAUCGAUGACGUAGCUCAUACUACUUUUGCUCAACGUGGAUAUGCUGAAGGAGCUUGGCGUAACAUGCAAUCAUUUGAGUUUGUCUUUAUUCUUCACUUGAUAGAGAAAGUAAUGGGAAAAACCGAAAUACUUUCUCAAGCAUUACAAAGGAAAUCCCAAGAUAUUCUGAAUGUCAUGGAAUUAGUUUCGGCAACAAAGAUUACUCUAAAUAAUUACAGAAACGAUGGAUGGGAUUCUUUAAUUAAAGAAGUUACUUUGUUUUGUAACAAACAUCUAAUAGAAGUUCCGGAUAUGAAAGCUCCAUUUACAUCUACUCGGUAUCGGGCUCGUAAAAACGAUCUUCAAUUUACAUUUGAACAUUAUUACCGAGUAGAUCUGUUUACAUCCACAUUGGAUAAACAGAUACAUGAGUUAAAUAGUAGAUUCAAUGAGCGCACGAUUGAUUUGUUAUCUCUUAGUUCUAGGUUAGUUUCAAAAGUGAUUAAUGUUGAUCAGAUCUGUCUUCUAGUUGAGAAGUUUUAUCAUGAAGAUUUUACGGACCAAGAGAUCACUGGGUUACGAAGACAGUUAGAGCUUUUUAAUGUUGAAUUGUCAAAGAAUAUCAGGCUAAGUAGUGUAUCAACUCUUUCUGAUCUAUGCAAAACUCUUGUGAAAACUAACAAACGAGAGGAGUACGCUUUGAUUGAUAGAGUUGUUCGGCUAAUCUUGACACUUCCAGUUUCAACUGCAACAACAGAGCGGGGAUUUUCAGCAAUAAAAAUAUUCAAGAAUCGCCUUCGCAAUAAAAUGGCAGAUGAAUAUCUCACAAAUAGCUUGGUGAUUUACAUAGAAAAAGAAAUUGCUGAUAAGUUUGAUUUGGAAGACAUAAUUAAUGAAUUCAAAAAUCUUAAAGGUCGUCGGGCUGAGUUGUAA